AUAAAGAGACAGUUUAAAUCAUCUCAUUGUUCCUAAUCACGCGUGAUUACACACAGGGGAAUUUUAUCUAUGGGAGUGAAUACAUACAGUGGUUAAGGAACAAUGGACAAUGAGAUGGAAAAUAAUAUGUUUGGUAUGUCUUCAUCAUCAUCAACGAAGAAUGACACACAAAAGAAUGCAAAUUUCCCACUCUACAUUUGCAAUUUGCCACUUAGUUUUGAUGAUACUCAGUUGGAAGACUCAUUUCGCCAGGCUGGAAAUGUAAUUUCUGUUAAAUGUUUUCCUCCAAAGGGAAAUAGAAAUACCAAAAUAGCGUUUGUCAUCUUUGCUUCUGAAGAAGAAGCAGAGAAAGCCAUUUUGAUGUUUAAUGGAAUGAAUAUUGAAAACCAGACAUUGAGAGUAGAAUACACCAAAUCUUAUAAAGAAAGAGGCCAAAAUCUUGGUUCAAGUAGGCAACGGCGUACUCCUGCACCAAAUGCUUCAUAUGGACUUGGCCGUGGUAUACGUCAGGAAUACAACAAUUCCACAAGAAGUCCUGGGUCUUCCGGCAAUGGGAGAAUGCAGGACUCUUUUGCAAAUACUCCAUUUGUUGAAUCUGCAUCACUGUCAAAUGGGCAUGGAAAAUACAAUGGUUUUCAUGAAGACUCCUCUCUUGGUUUAAACCAAACCUCAAAUGUCGGUUCUAUGAUGAACAAUUUUACUUCAAUGCACAUUACAGAUCAUCAUGCAAAUGCAGAGCAUUCGCAGUUCGAUCAACCAACUUCACAUCACAUGUACAAUGAUGAUUUUGGUCAACAUAAGAAAUAUGAUAAAAAUUUGGUGUAUCAAAACCAGGCAAAUGAUCAGAACCAUGCAUACAAUAUGAACGGUGUAAAUGAUCAAAACAAUGCAUACAAUCUAAACCAAGCAUAUGACCAGAAUCAAGCAUAUGACCAGAAUCAAGCCUAUGGUCUAAGUCAAGUGCAUGAUCAGAAUCAGCUUUUCAAUCCAAAUCAAGGUUCUAAUGAAAAUCAGACUUUUGAACACAAUCAAGCAUAUGAUCAAAAUGUGGUUAAUGAUCAAAAUCAGGGGUAUAGCCAAAACCAGGAGUACGACCAGAUCCAAGGGUAUGACCAGAAUAAGGCAUAUGGUCAAAAUCAAGGAUAUGAUGAAAAUCAGGGAUACCACCAGAAUCAAGGAUAUGGCCAAAAUCAGGAAUAUGACCAGAAUCAGGGAUAUAACCAGGAUCAGGGAUAUGAUCAGAAUCAAGGAUAUAACCAGGAUUCAGGAUAUGAUCAGAAUCAGGGUUAUAACCAGGAUCCGGGAUAUGAUCAGAAUCACGUAUACAAUCAGAAUCAAGGAUAUGAUCAGAAUCAGGGAUUUGGCCAAAAUCAGGGAUAUAAUCAAAAUCUGGGCUAUGGACUGAAUCAAGAGCAUAGUCAAAAUCAGAAAAAUGAACAAAAUACAUUGCAAAAUCAAAAUGGAAGUGCUUCAAAUCAAUCCUAUGGAAUGACUCAACAGCAUUACCAAAAUCACAGAUAUGGACAUCAACAGACAUUACAUAAUAGCUACCAGAAUCAAGAUCAGAUUCAAACCCAGAGCGAGUCAAUUAGCCCAGUUCAAAAGCAGGAACAGUCAUUUGGCGAUAACCAGUUUCCUAGUCAAAGUACUAAUCCUCUUGACCUGACAUCAACUAAUAACUCAAAACCAGUGGCUCCCAUCCAACGUCAUUCAAUCAAAACAAAUUUAACGUUUCAAAUCGUUUACCUCGAUCAGAGUAUGGCUUUGCUGGCAAUAACGGUGGAGGAGAUCGCUUUGGAAGACAUGAAGAGAAGAGUCAUUUUUCCCGAGAAUCUUCGAAUUUCAAUCAAGAGAUGGCCAAAAGGGAGUAACGAACGGGACGUGAGUACCAAUGCAAGGAAACUCCCUACAGAAAAAAAAGAACAGUCUAUAAAAGCUGACCAGGUACACGGAGGAACUUGCCCGCGACCGGCGUCUAGAAUAGAUUACGUUCCUCCGCCCAUGCCUGAAGAUGUUGACAUGUUGUUCAAAACCGCUGUUCACAAAGGCAUUAAUUUUGAUCGAUUCGAUAAUAUACCUGUUGAGGUUACCGGAAAUGCGCCACCUGGUGCCAUUCAGACGUUUGACGAAUUAUUGUUGCCGGAUACGCUAAAGGCAAAUCUAGCUAGAGCGGAAUUCACCAAACCCACGCCAGUUCAAAAACAUGCUAUGCCUGCCAUCCUCAAGGGACGUGAUGUCAUGGCUUGCGCACAAACGGGUUCCGGAAAAACUGUUGCCUUCAUGCUACCAGUGAUGGCGGGCAUGGUGUACAAUCGAUUGGCCGAGACCACAUACCUUGGCGGAAAUGCUCCUUGUCCUGCCGCAUUAUGCGUUGCCCCAACAAGAGAAUUGGCUCUCCAAAUCUUUACUGAAGCUUUAAAAUUCUCGUAUGGCACUUACCUCCGACCAGUUGUAUGUUAUGGUGGUGUCAGCGUUGGCUAUCAACUGUCGCAGCUUGAACGAGGCUGUCACAUUCUUAUUGGCACACCUGGUCGAUUGCUUGACUUUGUCGGAAGAGAUAGAGUUAGCUUCAACAACGUUCGAUAUCUUAUUCUGGAUGAAGCCGAUCGCAUGCUUGAUAUGGGUUUUGAAGAUGACAUGAGAAAGAUCAUUACUCAGUGUGGAAUGCCGGAGAAGUCGCAGCGUCAAACAUUAAUGUUCAGUGCGACAUUUCCUGAUAGAAUACAAAAGUUAGCUGCGGAAUUCCUCAACGAUUACCUAUUCUUAGCUGUUGGUAGCGUCGGUGGUAGUAACUUGGACAUCAAGCAAGAAGUCCUAGACGUAGAGGGAAGCCAGAAGAGAUCUGUUUUAAUGGAAAUACUUCAGCAAUCAGGGGAAAAUAAGACUCUUGUUUUUGUGGAACGAAAAAGAAACGCAGAUUUCCUCGCGAACUGGCUAUCCCAAAAUGAACUUCCAGCGACCAGUAUCAGUGGUGACCGCACGCAACAAGAACGUGAAAUGGCUUUGGACGAUUUCCGUAAUGGUCGUGCUCCUAUUCUCAUUGCGACAUCGGUUGCAGCACGAGGCCUUGAUAUACCGGAUGUAAAGCAAGUGAUAAACUAUGAUUUGCCUCAGCAAAUCGAAGAGUACGUUCAUCGUAUUGGUAGAACUGGGCGAAUCGGAAAUCAAGGAAAAGCAAUGGCGUUCUUUGAGCGCGGGAAAGAUGAUAAGUUAGCGAGAAGCCUGGUAAAAGUUUUGUCUGAUGCUUUGCAAGAGGUGCCAAAUUGGAUUGAAGAGGUCGCCGAGCGAGCAUUGGGGACUAACUACGGUCCUGCCGGAGGAAAAUUUGCCUCUCGAGAUACAAGACGGUUAGAUCGUGCAAACGGUGGCUUUAAUAGUUCAAGAAAUUCAUAUUCCCCUGCUCAGAAAAGCAGUUCCGUUCCUGGCGGAAAUGCGUCAUCUUCUCUGCAGAACGGGGAUGAUGAGGACGCGUGGGAUUAAUACUUGCUAGGUAUGGAAUUUGCUGUAAGACUUGCCUACGAUAUAGUAUUACUUUACGACACAAUACUAAAGUUGUUUUGUUUGUGUUUCAAAAUAUUUUUCGCACUUCGAUUUUGAAUUUUAUUAAUGACUUUGACGUUCCUCAGAAAACGUUCCUCACGGCUUUACUAAUUCUUGUUCACAAAUAGAAAAUCUUUAUGAAUGUCUUGUGCUUAACAUGUGCUUCACAUGUGAUUAAUCCCAGGUUCAGUUGCACAUAGCGCAGAUAGUGGUUUGCUUUAACCUGUAAAUUUUUUCAUGGUUUGAAAACCGUUUUUGAUAGAGUCGCGAUUCAAACGGUCCAUUCAAAGAUGACAAAGUUUAAUUUUUUGUAGAUAAUGUAAGCACCUUUUUAUUUCCUUGAAAGAUGCUAUUGAAUAAACAGUACGAACGGA